AUGACAAGUAAUAUUUUGGAUCAAUCAGUACCUGAAAUUAAUGUACCUAUUAUGAAACCAAUGAAAGUAUCUAUGAAGGAUAUAAAUCAAGAAAAGGUUAUAUCUACCACAKAUACUAUGCGUAAGAAAUUAAAUGAAUUUGCAGACUGGAUUAUAUCAUAUGUUCCACCAGAGGUUGAGAAACCCCUAAAUAAACGUUUGGAAACAUUAAAGAAAAUAGUAAAAGAUAUUUAUGAUAUAACCAAGAAGCCGACAAUCGUACAAAAGAAAGAAUCAGCAAUGAAAGGAUUUUUAAAAUCAUAUAGGAUAAGUGGAGUUGAUAAGAUGGAUCCUAAGACCUUCCUUAUGAAGAUUAGGAAUAGUGKUUUUAGUUUAAUCGAUAAACAGGAAAAACCUAUUAAGAUGAAGCUAAUAUUAGAAUGUGAAUUUUAUAAGAAAACUCAUGAUGAUGAUAUCGUGUAUACAUAUGGUUAUUUUCAUACUAAUAUAGUGAUAAUUACACAAGCAACGAAUAUGAAUGAUGUUUAUGAAACAAUGAUUAAUGAUAUAUUGGAAAAGUUUAGCAAUUUCCAAAAUCAAGGUUCAGGAUGGAUAUUCAAAAGUGUGACAUACUUAGAUAUUCAUGUGGAUAAAUACCAACCUAUAGCAGCAAAAUCUUGGAUCGAACUACCACAGAAGCUCAAGUUGAAAAAAGCUAUCGUUAACCCAAAAAACGAUGAUAAUAAAUGUUUCAUGUGGGCAGUGACACAAGCUAUUUAUCCAGGAAAUAGAGAUCUAGAAAAGAUAUCAAAAAAAUUAAUAGCAAACGCUGAAAAACUAUGCUGGAAUGGACUUGAAUUCCCUGUACAAGUGGAUAAAAUCGAUAUAUUUGAGAAGAAUAAUACAGAAUAUAGGAUAAACGUAUAUGGUUAUGAGAAUGAUAAAGUAUAUCCUACUCGAAUAAGUGGAAAUGAAAAUGGUAAGAAUACUAUAAAUUUGCUAAUGAUAUCAAACGCUAAGACUAAUCAUUAUUGUUGGAUUAAGAAUAUGAGUAGACUAAUAUCAUCUCAAGUUACUAAGAACGAACAUGCAAGGUUUUAUUGCGAACGAUGCCUCAUCUCAUACAAAACACAAAAGAGCCUUGAUAAACAUUCUGAAUAUUGUAAGAAUCAUGAUUCAGUUAAGAUAGAGUUAUCUAAGAAAGGAGCAACACUUUCGUUUAAGAAUUAUAAUCAUUCUAUGAGAGUUCCAUUUGUUAUAUAUAGUGAUUUUGAAUGCUUAACAGAGAAUAUCUCUUCAUGUCAACCAAAUGAUAAAAAAUCAUAUACUCAGCAGUAUCAAAAGCAUAAACCCUCUGGUUAUUCAUAUCUAGUAAAAUGCUAUGAUGAUAGUCUAUAUGAACCAAAAAUAUAUGAAUAUACUGCUAAAUCAGAGGAUGAGGAUAUAGGUCAAAAGUUCAUGRAAUCAAUAGAAGAGACUGUUAGGAAUAUAUAUUCGAAAUAUCAUUAUAACAAAGUGGUAAAGAUGACAAGAAAGGAUAAAAAAGCGUAUGAAAAGGCUAUUAUAUGUCAUAUAUGUGAUAAAGAAUUAAACGGGGAUAAAGUAUUAGAUCAUGACCAUCUUACAGGUAAAUAUAGAGGAGCAGCACAUAACGAUUGUAAUUUGAAUUACAAGAUGCCUAAACAUAUACCAGUGAUAUUUCAUAAUUUAUCAGGUUAUGAUGCUCAUUUAUUUAUCAAAAAUCUAGGUGUUACAGAAGGUAAAAUAGAUUGUAUACCCAACAAUGAGGAGAAAUAUAUCAGUUUCAAAAAGGAGAUAACAGUUGAUACAUUUCAAACUAAGAAUGGUAAAGUGUGUAAUGUGAAACGUGAGAUAAGAUUCAUUGAUAGUUUCAAAUUUAUGUCUUCAUCGUUGGACACCCUAGUUAACAAUCUAGGAAAGACUAGUUUUAGAAAUAUGAAUAGGUUUUAUGAUGGUAGAAGGUUGAAACUAUUGYUUAGGAAAGGUGUUUAUCCAUACGAUUACGUCAAUUCGUUAGACAAAUUAGACGAAACAUUCUUACCUCCAAAAGAUGAAUUUUAUAGCAAGUUGAAUGAUUGUGAUAUUUCAGAUGAUGACUACAAACAUUCUCAGGAAGUAUGGAAAACUUUUAAACAUAAGACAAUACGUGAUUAUCAUAAUCUAUAUCUUAGGAGCGAUGUAAUUCUACUUACCGAUGUGUUCGAAAGCUUCAGAGAUCUCCAGAAAGAUUAA